AUGGCUAGGGUUAAAAUUCACGACCACUUGGGAAGGGAACAUUAUGCGCGAGUAUUAUUAGACUGUGGUUUCCAGUCAUCAUUUAUUUCUUUGUCACUAUGUAAACGUUUAGGUUUGAAACAAGAAAAUACCAACUUAUCUGUUGUGGGAAUUGCCAAUAUCACGUCACAAAUUAAGAAAAGGUGUCAAGUCGAAAUUAAGUCUUUGUAUAAAAACUUUAAACUUUUGUUAAAUUGCUUUAUUUUGCCCGAAGUGACUAAUAUUUCAUCUUCUAGAGGAAUCCAUUUUCAAUGCUUGGGUCUUCCUAAAAAUGUACAAUUAGCAGACCCAGAUUAUAAUAAGCCAGGCCCCGUAGAUAUUCUAGUAGGCGCGGAUAUUUUCUGGAUCUUACUAGGUAAAAAUCGGAUAUCGUGUGGAAAACACAUGCCUUUCCUACAAGAAACAGAUUUAGGUUACGUUCUGGCUGGAAUGGUAGGACACGCCGAUGAUACUUCUAGUAAUAUUUCUUGUCACUUAAGUACUAAUGCUGAGUUACAAAAUACUAUUUCAAAAUUUUGGGAAAUCGAGGAAAUUCCCACAAAUAAAGUUUUUUCUGAGGAUGAGCUCAAAUGCGAAUCUAUUUUCUCACAAACUACUCAUAGAGAUGCCUCCGGACGUUUUGUCGUUACCCUGCCAUUUAAACAAUCACCCAAUCUACUUGGGUCGUCUAGGGAACAAGCUGAAAAAAGACCAUAG